ACCAGUUACAGACAGGGACAGUGUCCCUGAUAUUAACACUGCUCCUACAGUUGAAGGUGUCCCAGAUGUAGUUCCAGCUUCAACUCAAGCUGUCUCUUUGACUGAAGUACAACAGGAAAAGGACACAACAUAUCCACCAGCUGGUAAACGGCUGACAGUCUACAUGCUGGAGUUAGAUGACCAGGUCCAGAUGGCGCAUGAUUACUUGCUGCCACUUGUAGAGCAAAUCCACCCUACAGAGGCAGAUAAGAUAACCUGGAUGCUUGUGGAGCCUGAGAAUAACUAUAAUAUCAUGAAUAUGAUUAGAGAGCCAGAGCUCCUGUGUGCCAAGCAAACCCUGAAGAUGAUCUUUAGCGACAGCAACAAGAAAAAGAGGGGAAAGAGAAAGAACAAAUAAACACUGUACAGAUCUUUGUAGAUAUUAUAAAGUGGUCUGGAUUAUUGUGGUUUAUUUGUAUAGAAGAGGGA